CAAAAAAUUUAAGUUUUAUUCCGGACGGCCCAUAUCCAAAGUCUCCUUCAAAAACCCUUUACUCCGUCUGACACAAAACCCUAGCUUGCCCGCCGGAUCCUGCGCGUCGUAGCCAAUUUCUGAUCCGAUGGGGUUUUACAAGUACCAGUCGGAGAUAUGGAGGAAGAAGCAAUCCGAUUUGAUGAGGUUCGUGCAGAGGGUGCGCUGUUGGGAGUAUCGCCAGCAUCCUUCAAUUGUCCGAGUCACAAGGCCUACACGCCCUGACAAGGCCCGUCGCUUGGGGUACAAGGCUAAGCAGGGUUAUGUUGUUUAUCGAGUCCGUGUGAGGCGUGGUGGUCGCAAGAGGCCUGUUUCCAAGGGUAUUGUAUAUGGGAAGCCCACAAACCAAGGUGUGACUCAACUGAAGUUUCAGCGCAGCAAGAGGUCUGUUGCUGAGGAGCGUGCUGGCCGUAGACUAGGCGGUCUUAGGGUUCUCAACUCUUACUGGAUCAAUGAGGAUUCAACUUACAAGUACUUUGAGGUAAUCCUGGUUGAUGUUGCCCAUAAUGCCAUCCGAAAUGACCCAAGAAUCAACUGGCUCUGCAAUCCCGUUCACAAGCACAGGGAGCUUCGCGGGCUCACUUCUGCCGGGAAGAAAUACAGGGGAUUGCGUGGAAAGGGACACCUUUACCACAAGGCACGACCUUCUCGCAGGGCAACUUGGAAGAGUAACACCACCCUCUCCCUCCGUCGCUACCGUUGAGUCCGGUCAUAUUUUACCAUUUAUGUCUAGAUGCUAUUUUUGGGUAAUGUCAGGAAGUUUUUUUUGUUACGAAGAGAAGGGCUACCUAAACCCAGGUUUUUCCUUGAGGUUUGAACUUUCGGUACUGAAAUCUUGAGAUUUCUUCAGCCUUAUAUAGACUAGGCAUAAAAAAUCUCAAAUGAGCCAAGGGAGACCACGAUGUGGCGGCGAGCUUAGCGAUUGUGGACGAGUUAUUCACCGGAGCACUCCGCCACAUAAUGUUCUCUCUCGUUGUCUUAUCACUCAAUUUACACUGGAAUUGUUUACUCGUUUAAUUAUUUGAGUUUUCGUUUCAA